AAUUCCAACUGUCUCCUCCCUCAGCCUCACAGAUUUGUUUGGCAACAAGGCUGGGACUCUUGUAUAACUGCUGCUGUUAACCUAUUAUCGAUUUUUCUUCCACCUAAACAAACAUUACUCCGUUUUAGCGGGUCGCAGACCGGACAGCGGUCCCUUUUCUCUCCGACAACACAUCGGAGCCAACAUGGUGGGAUUCCGCUGCUGCUCCGUGGUCCUGUGGCUGGCUCUGGCCGCCGUGCCGGGCUCGGUGCUCGGGCUCGGCGAGGACCUCGACCGGCCUUUGUUCGGGCCUCCCGGCUCUCCUGUCCGGCUGCAGGAGUCGGACCCGGGCUUGAAGAAGGCGCUGCUCUUCGCAGAGGAGCGCUACAACCGGGGCUCCAACGCAAUGCACCUCCGCAGAGUCAGCCGGUUCAUCUCCGCCACCAAACAGCUGGUGAAGGGAAUCCGCUACACGGUCACAGUGGAGCUGAGUAAUACCCAGUGUAAGAAGUCCGCCAUGCUCAGGACAUGUGACUUCUAUCCUGAGUCACAGAAACUCAAGACUGAAGUGUGUGUGUUUGAAGUUUGGGACAUCCCCUGGCAGGGCACCUCGACCCUGCUCAAACAGAAGUGCCAGCCUAAAGGUCAGUCAGCAGCAUCUGAAGCUGAAGUAGAAGAGACCAACAAGGUGGAGGAUCCAUCCACCAGUCAGCCCCUGGAGGAGUCUGUGGAGCUGCUGGGCCAGUUUAAAGAGUUCAUGGUUAAAUAUAAUAAAGACUACAGCAGCCAGGAGGAGGCCGACCGUCGUUUGCGCAUCUUCCACCAGAACCUGAAAACUGCUGAGAAGCUCCAGUCUUUGGAUCAAGGUUCAGCUGAAUACGGAGUCACCAAGUUCAGCGACCUGACUGAGGAGGAGUUCCGCUCCACCUACCUGAACCCGCUGCUGAGUCAGUGGACUCUCCAUCGACCAAUGAAACCAGCCGCUCCUGCCCGAGGCCCCGCCCCCGACAGCUGGGAUUGGCGCGAUCACGGAGCUGUCAGUGCUGUCAAAAACCAGGGUAUGUGUGGGUCCUGCUGGGCUUUUUCUGUCAUCGGCAACAUCGAAGGCCAGUGGUUCCUGAAAAAUGGAACGCUGCUGUCACUUUCUGAACAAGAGCUGGUGGACUGUGAUGGGCUGGACCAGGCGUGCAGAGGCGGGCUGCCAUCAAAUGCUUAUGAAGCUAUCGAGAAGCUCGGUGGUCUGGAGACCGAAACCGAUUACUCAUACACGGGGCAGAAGCAGAGGUGUGACUUCACCACGGGGAAGGUGGCCGCCUACAUCAACAGCUCUCUGGAGCUGUCCAAAGAUGAGAAGGAAAUUGCAGCUUGGCUGGCUGAGAAUGGACCCAUCUCUGUUGCUCUGAAUGCUUUUGCUAUGCAGUUCUACAGAAAGGGAGUGUCUCACCCUCUGAAGAUCUUCUGCAACCCCUGGAUGAUCGACCACGCUGUGCUGAUGGUGGGAUACGGACAACGUAAAGGAAUCCCCUUCUGGGCCAUCAAGAACAGCUGGGGGGAGGAUUAUGGAGAGCAGGGUUACUACUACCUGUACAGGGGGUCCGGCGCAUGUGGCAUCAACAAGAUGUGCUCAUCUGCUGUAGUGAACUAAACCACCAACACCCCAUGCAGACUUACACACAUCAUCAUCCAGCAUAAAGCACAACGACCAGCUCCACCGCUCACAUGCACAUCGAUCCAGAACGCAUGACGAUCAGAGUCACGUGCAGCCCGACUGAAGUCUCCUUUCCGUUAAACCAGCCGAGUGUUUCAGCUUCUUCACACCUCGUGUUAGUUUUACCAAACCAUACCAGCUCAGUGAAGCUCGCUCUGAUGAGAAACCUUGUCGUAAUUUUAAACUAGACUUUAUGUGCGACGUUCAUUCCGUUAGUCCUGCUGUGUUUUAGCCACUGUUGGUUUUAACUCAUCUCUAGGCUCAUGCUUGAAGUCUGGAUAGUUUUAGGAAGACUUCGGUCUUGUCAGUUUUCUUGGAUGUUUUGUUAACAGUGUUCGUGGUAAUGUUCUGUACUUGAAAGGAUUUUUUCACAGAUAGGGCUUUGACUUUACUGCAUAUUACAACAAAACUGCAAUGCAAUUGUACUUACUGCUGUAAUUAAAAAAAAGGUGAGGAAUGAGUGAAGGUUGAAUAAAAAAGUGUGAAAUCCCA